AAAACCCGGACUCUGGCGUUCUGUGAAUGGUUAUUGAUCGGGAGGUGGAUUUUCACAGGCGUCGUUGUCUGUGUUGUGAGCUGGUAUCAGCUGUGAAGGGCAUCAGUGCGGCAGAGAUGUGCGCGUCUGUCGGCUAGACGGAGCCAGUGGGAGGAGGCAGCGCGCGUCCAGGGUUCACAUCCAGGGUUCGGACUCGGUUCGCCAGCUGGCUUCCAGACGUCAUGAGUUGAUUAUCCGGCUUUCGUCGCCGUUUUUAAGAAGGAUUGACUCAAACUGUCCGUUCAUCCGUUUUUUUUUGUUUUUUUUUUUUUUUUCGGGGAUGCAUAAGAUGAUACCUGGAAGCGCCGCAUCCAUGCUGCCCUCCGCUGAAGCCGCCAAACUCUACCAGACCAAUUACGUCCGCAACCCUCGAGUCAUCGGACUUCUGUGGGCCAUCUUCACCAUCCUGUUCGGCAUCGUGAACGUGACCAUCUUCUCGCAGCCCUAUUGGAUCGGCGAUGGCGUGGACACACCGCAGGCCGGAUACUUCGGCCUUUUUCACUACUGCGUCGGAGACGGAGUGUCCAGAGAGCUGGCCUGCCAGGGCAGCUUCACCGAGUUCUCCGCCAUCCCCUCCGGGGCGUUCAAGGCCGCCUCCUUCUUCAUCGGAAUGUCCAUGAUGCUGAUCAUCACCUGCAUCGGCUGCUUCAGCCUCUUCUUCCUCCUCAGCACCUCCACCGUCUACAAGAUCUGCGGCUGGAUGCAGGCAGCAUCAGGUGUGUGUCUGGUGUUGGGUUGUAUGAUCUAUCCUGAUGGCUGGGACAGCGAUGAAGUCCGGCGGAUGUGUGGCGAGCAGACAGACAAGUACAGCCUGGGGGCCUGCUCGGUGCGCUGGGCCUACAUCCUGGCCAUUAUGGGCAUCCUGGAUGCCCUCAUCCUGUCUUUCCUCGCCUUUGUCCUGGGGAACCGACAAGAUGGACUUAUGACAGAGGAGCUACUGGCUGAGAGCAAGGAUGGAGGGAAUGCCUAACCAAAUCAGAAGGUUCAUAAACGUAGCAGUCCCUCACCAUCAGGGACAGAUGCAGUCGACAUGUGUGAACAGAAGACAUAGUACGAUUGAGUCAUUCUACGGAACAAGCCAGACUGCCUUUCACAAACCCAACGAAACCUGCCCUUGGAGUCAUCCAUGACACUCAUAGAUCUUACAUCAUCACCGGGCUUCUCAUCCAGCAUUUAGACAGAGUCUUGUGCACUUACUAUAACCUCGUGUGUCUGCAAAGGAGAACCGUCACAGGAGGAAGAGACACCAGUCUCACAGAGAAGUUUGAACUGAUCACUACCUAUGUGUCAAGGCACAAGGUCGAAAUUGUUCACUUGCAGUAUGAGCACAGUUA